UUUCAGAAUUACAGAUUCAAUUAUAAUGAAGAUUUUCUUGACGCAUUCACUCAUUCAAUUUAUAAUUUCAUUAAGUUUUGUAUUAAUUUGUGUUGCCGUAGAUAGAAGCAAUUUUAAAACUUGUGAACAGGCUGCAUUUUGCAAACGUCACAGGGCAAAAGCCAACAAUCCUGUUUACAAUAUACAACCAGAUUCAAUCAAAGCAAAUGAUUCGGCUGUUGAGGCGGUUCUCGAAAGUUCUGUGAAUAAACUUAAAUUAAUUCUGGCGCUACUUGAGGAUGGGAAAGUUCGGAUGGUUAUUGAUGAGAUCGAUCCAAUUCGACAACGUUUCCACCCGACUAUAGCAUUGGAUGGGGAGCCUAAACAACAAAAAUUCUCUAAUUUUGAACAUUCUGGCACUUCUGCAUCUUUUAUUGCUAAUUUUGGAGAAAAGAAUAGCUAUAAAAUUGUUAUUGAAUACACUCCUUUCCGUGUCAAUAUUUUCACUGAUGACAAGCUUAUAUUAUCUGUAAAUUCAAGACAACUUUUAAAAUUUGAGCAUUAUCGGAAUAAAGUUGGAGAUGGGACCGGAGAUGGUGAGGGAUUUUGGGAGGAAACUUUUAAAGGGCAUACAGACACAAAACCUUUUGGAUCAAGUUCUAUUGGAUUGGACGUUUCUUUUAUUGGAUAUAAAUUUCUUUAUGGCCUCCCCGAACAUUCAGAAUCAUUCACGCUUAAAUCGACAACGCAUACUGACCCAUAUCGCCUAUAUAAUUUGGAUGUUUUUGAGUAUGAACUUGAAAAUGGGAUGGCUCUUUAUGGAAGUAUACCUUUUGCUAUUGCUCAUGGCAAGAAGAGAACAGCUGCUGUUCUUUGGCUGAAUGCUGCUGAAACUUGGGUCGACGUUAAUCUAGCUAUUGAUAAAGGUUUCAUUUUGUUUGUUUUUGAUUAA